AUGGGGCCCCGCCGCCGGGGAGGGACCAAGGGCCUCUGUCCAGCAGUGUCCACCGACCGCGCGCCGGCCAUGGCCCCGCAGAACGUCCAGGUGAACCCGCUCACGGCCAGCCAGCUGGAGGUCACGUGGGACCCGCCGCCGCCCGAGAGCCAGAACGGGAACGUGCAGGGCUACAAGAUCUACUACUGGGAGGCGGGCAGCCAGAACGACACGGAGAAGGUGAAGGUGCUGUUCCUGCCGGAGACCGUGGUGAAGCUGAAGAACCUGACCAGCCACUCCCGCUACCUGGUCAGCAUUUCCGCCUUCAACGCCGCCGGAGACGGGCCCAGGAGUGAGCCCCGGCCGGGGCGCACCCACCAGGCGGCGCCCGGCAGCCCCAGCUUCUUGGCCUUCUCGGAAGUCAGCUCCACGUCGCUGAACGUGUCCUGGGGCGAGCCGGCGGCCGCCAACGGCGUCCUGCAGGGCUACCGCGUCGUCUACGAGCCCUUGGCGCCCGUGCAAGGGGUGAGCAAGGUGGUGACCGUGGACGUCCAGGGCAACGGGCAGCGCUGGCUGAAGGUGCGGGACCUCACCAAGGGCGUGACCUACUUCUUCCGCGUCCAGGCGCGGACCAUCGCCUACGGGCCCGAGCUGCAGGCCAACGUCACGGCCGGGCCGGCCGCGGGCUCCCCGGGGCCCCCGAGAGACGUCUUGGUCACCAAGUCCACCUCCGAGCUGACCCUGUGGUGGACGGAGGGCCAUGCCGGCGGGGCGCCCACCACGGGCUACGUCAUCGAGGCCAGGCCCUCAGUGGUGCCCUCAGGAGCCGGGAGGAGAGGGCGCCGGCGUUGA